AACCUUCGAGAACCAGAACCGUCUCGAACCGCAUUCCUCCUAAUAUCUCACUUAAAUUCCAAUUCCACCAUCCCGUUUUAUCCACUCAAAAAUCUACAGAGAUAUCGACUCCAAACUCAUCCGUAGUGAGAUCAACAUGUCGCUGAUUCCAAGCGUUUUCGGCCGCCGAUCCAACAGCGUUUUCGACCCAUUCUCCGUCGAUUCCUGGGACCCAUUUGAGGGCUGGCCGUUUAACUCCAACUUCAGGCAACUCUCGGACAACCUCCGCUCCAACUUCCCCUCCGCCUCUUCCUCCUCCGAGACGUCGGCCUUCGCCCACGCGAUGGUCGACUGGAGAGAAACUCCUAACGCCCACGUGUUCAAAGCCGACGUUCCGGGGCUGAGGAAGGAGGAGGUGAAGGUCGAGUUGGAAGAUGACCGGAUCUUACAGAUCAGCGGCGAGCGUAAGCGUGAGAUGGAAGAAAAGGGCGAUACGUGGCACCGUGUUGAGCGGAGCAGCGGCCGAUUCAUGCGGCGGUUCAGGUUGCCGGAGAAUGCCAAGGUGGAAGAGGUGAAGGCGAGUAUGGAGAACGGGGUUCUGACCGUGACAGUCCCGAAGGUUGAGGCAAAGAAGCCUGAAAUCAAGUCUAUUGACAUCACAGGUUGAUUGGCUUUUCUCUGCCGGAAAUCAAUAGACAUGUGGUCAGUGGUUUGUGUGUGUGUUUGUUAAUAUAGAAAUAUAAGUAGUAGUUUUGUAAUGUUGGUUUCUGGGAUUGUCAUAGGGGGAAUAAAGGGUUUUGCAAUGGCCGUGUGAGUACUUUGCUUGGAAAUAUCAGCAAAUUUUCUGGUUCAAUGUUUGAAUUUCUUAAAAA